AUGAGCAGUAUCAUUCCGCUGAUCGAGCAAGUUCUCACCGCCGUUCUGGCUUUUUGGAAUCGGGUUGACUAUCGCAUACGCCAGAUGGCCCCUUGGGCAACUCUGUUCAGAGAAUCACGGACCCCUGCAUGUCGAGGCGUCCUUGUUGACUACAUCUCCCCUUCAAAGCCAGAGAUAAUAUGGCGCUCGGUCCAGAACCGCGAUUGGCUUGUUUCUAUAAGCAGCAUAGUCGGCAUACUUCAGACCGCACUCAUGGUCAUUUCGACCGGCUUGUUUUCGCUCACUCCUGUACCAACCACAAUGAACAAUGUGGCCUAUAAGACGACUACAAAGUUGGCUAGUGACAGUAAUGGCGUGUUCAGUCUCUCACAGCUACCAUCAUAUACAUACAACGCUAUACAUGCGUUAAACUUGUCAUAUCCAGCUGGGACGACGCCGGAUGUGGUCUACCAAGAGUUUACUUCCCUUGACCCGGCACUACCUGUGCAGGCCAUCCAGCAGGUUAUCGUCGAUACUAUGGCAUCAGGCUUGGACUGUACCCCAGCAAAGCUCCAAGGGAAUAGCUGGACCAUUUCUUGGCUUAACUUGGGUUGCUGGUCACCAAACUAUCCUGCCGCAUUUAUCAACUCUAACCUGAAUAUUUCUGCUUUUGAUUGUCAAAUAUCUCCUUCUGUCUCUUACACAGCUGGCAAUGAUGGUGAGGUCGGUAGCUUUGCUGUACUGGAGAGCCUUGCAUGCAACAACGAUGCAGCGGCUCUUAACACCAAGGUCAUCCUGAUGGUAGGCGAAGGUCGUCAGUCUGGCAAUGUAGGACCGAAGCCAUCCACAGAAGCCUGUGACUAUACCAACUACCCGGAGGCCACCAUAACGAUAACAAGAAGCAAGCAAUGGAUUUGUACCCCAAACAUCCAAAUAAACAAGGGGAUUGUGACAUUCAACUCGAGUGUUAAUGGUUUGGGCAACAUCCCUGAUAUUAGGACUGAUCCUCAUGCGGGUACACAAAACAUAAGCCUGGACGGUACAUUCUAUGGUAUUGUCGACGCUCUCUACUCACAGGGAGAAUAUACCUCUUUCCAAUGGGACCCUGUAACCUCCAUUCAAUCCAAAUCUAUCAGGAACACGAAUAGUCCCUCUAUUCUAGAAGCAGUACUACGACCCGCCUCUGGCGCCACAGUCGAAGAUUUCCUCGACUCUGACCUGUUCUUGGAUCUGUUCAAAAAAUAUUACAAAGAGUUUUUUGUUCAAGUUGCACAUGCGGGCCUGAUACUUUCCGAUGACAGUCCUAUCAACGGGACCGCUACUUUCCACGAAGAUCGUUUGAUGGCCAGGGAGGUGCCACUACGAGCGAUGCAAAGUAUUCUCAGCGUUCUGAUUGUCUUUCUCGCGAUAUGCCUCAUUAUUCUCCCAAGGCAGGCAAUCGUUCCUGUCGACCCUGCGAAUUUAGCCGGGCUACUGAGUAUCCUUCAGGCUAACACUCCCUUUGCAAACAUAUUCGUCGGCGCAGGCUCUGUCACGACAGAGGACUUGUCCAAAUCCUUGGAGAUGGUUUCCUUCACAAGCAAACUUGGACCUCGUUGCGGAAGUGAUCCUCUUCGAUUCACACUUCAGGAAACGACAGGAGAAGAUCUGUCGAAGAUAUUUGCUCCCGAACUGACCAGAAAGACUCCAUUGAUCACCUGGUGGCGGCCAAUUACCAUCUGCAAACGACUGAGGCUCUUCAUUUUCACAUUUGUAGUAGCAAUAGUGAUCGUCCUAGAAGUCCUACUAUCUCUAUCAAAAAAGAACCAAGGUCUCGGCAACGUCAGCAUUGAAGGGAAUCAACAUCUGGCAUGGUCAUGGACAUCUUCUGGUAUUGUAGUUGUCAUCGCCUUAUACUUCCAAUCCCUCGACAGUUCGUACAGGACAUUUAUACCAUACUGUCAGCUUAAAAAGGGAUCCUCAGCGCAAUCUUCGAUUGCUGCUAAUUACCUGUCAUCUACCGCCUUCGAAGUAAUUUGGCUUGCAAUCCGUGACCGGCUGCCUGGUGCCGCAUUCAGCGCUUUCUCAGCCAUUUUGUCCAUCUAUCUAACGACUAUUGUCAGCGGUGUUUUCGUACCUACAUCCAUUCCAUUUAAUACAACGACAACACUCAGCCAAACCUCCUGGUUUUUAAGUAAUGGUUCCGGUGACGAUGGCUCCCAUGGGAAUAAUGGUAUCAUUUCAUCGUUGAUCGUCGAGGGAAGCCUCUCAUAUCCCACGUGGACAUAUCACGAUCUUGCGCUUAGCUCGAUAACGUUACUUCAGGACUCUAAAGAAUCUAUAUCACAGGAAGGGACAAUCCUACAGUCAAUGAUCAAAGCAAUACGACCUACAUUGAAUUGCUCAAUUUAUGAGGAGAGCCAGAUACCAGGACUGAUAUUCUACCCUGAUGACAGAAUCGACCCUCAAGAUACGAAUAACAUCAUCACGCAGGGUAUUUAUAUGAACAUGCCUGGCCCAGCGCAUUGUGCUGGCAAUGCCAGUGACGCUGUCCAAGUUGCACGGCUCGCUAACGGGGUCUAUAAUUCAAACGAGAGGUCUCACCCGUUUAUCGGGUUUGCUAGCGGAAAGCAGGAGGAUUGUCCAUCGCUUAACUUCAUUUGGGGCGCUCUAGCACCAUUUGACCAUCAGAUUGGGAUGAGUCUGAGUGUCACUUGGGCACGCGUCCUGAGCUGUUACGAGACUAUAUCUCAGGUUGAUGUUCAAACCACAUUUUCCAUGCCUGCAUUCUCCAUCGACGAGCAGAACCCUCCACUCGUAGACGAAGAGAGUGUGACGCCCUUUUCCUCUGCUACUGUCCAUGUGCCCUACGACCAGAUGAUUGGUGACGCAGGCCAAACCGGAACCCAAGGCGAUUUCUUCUACAAAUGGGUUACUUUGAAGAACAAUAUUACGACUGCAGACUAUGGAAACCCAGACAAGGUCGACACUAUUGCUGCGGCGAUCGAAGAGGCUCAUAAGAUCGCCCGAGCUCAACAAUACCACGCGGUACUUCGCACAAGUGAUAUGACAGCAGCGGCAGGGCUCCAGAAAAGAGCCACCUCAGACACAUCGACGGGCACGCUGGUAAACCCGAAUCGCUAUCGCCUGGUGGUGGACGCGGUCUCAACGCAUAUUCUGAGUGGACUCUUGAUGGCAAUGUUGCUCUUUGCAGGGCUUGCGUCUCUGCUCAUGAGUACCAGGGAAAUUCUGCCUAAGAAUCCAUGUAGCAUUGCCGCAAUGACAAGUCUAUUGGCAGACUCGAAUAUGCUUGCGCCUGGGUCUGGCUCAGGCAAGAGUGAAAUUCAUAGGUUUCCGGACAGUCCAAAAGAACAAGACAGCUUCAGGGUGAUUUACAAGAUGGGCUGGUUCGACAGAGGGCCGAACGAAGCGAAGGCUUUCACAAUCUACGAACUCAAGGAGGGUAUGGACGAUCGCGUCGUCGAGAGUGCAGCCGAGAACGGAGAGGCUCAGCAGCAAGUCACUGGCCAACAGUGUCGACCGAAUGAAUCACUGAAGAGCAAGAGCCUUGACUUCCCGCGUGCAGAAAUACCAGUCACUCUCAGCCUGACUAAACUAAAGACUAUCUGA